ACGCUAUUCCGUCGUCCGCGCAUUACAUUCAUAUCUUGUGAAUUUCGUCGUUUUUGCUAGCUGAUAAGCUAAUUUCUUGAUUUUCCAGGGCUGUUUGGUUUCAUGUUUCUUUUGCAGCCAAGGCGCAAGUAAAGUUAGUGAAGCUCAGCCAAGAAGCAAAAGCACAAGAAGGAGCAACGGAGAUAACAAAAACAAUCAGUUUUUCAAAUCUUGGUUCGGAACGAUUGUGCAACGAAUUGGAUUUAGCAGAAGGCGCUUGCUGCUGCAGGACUAUUAUCAGUCAUUCCGGUGCAAUGUUUGGAUGAGAUCGCGGCAAAAAUAGAACCAUUCCAGUGGCACGUAGAUAAAAGAUAAAAUUCAACGACUCGUGCUACGAUCCUGCAAGUGCAACAGAGUACAUAGCCACGUCGAGCUACUGCAAUUAAUUGACCAGCGGAAUAUAAUCAAUUAGGGAGCGUCCCCACCGGUUUGGCUACAGUACCAUUUGGAAACAUUGACCAAGGAUGGGCCAGACAUUGUCCGAGCCGGAAACGUCGAAGGAAUCGGCUUUCUGUCAGAAUGACUACUACAAGGUAGGUUCCAGCUGUAUGCAAGGCUGGCGUAUCCACAUGGAGGACUCGCAUACCCACAUCCUGUCGCUGCCGGACGAUCCGGGAACGGCAUUUUUUGCGGUCUACGACGGCCACGGAGGAGCGAACAUAGCCCAGUACGCCGGAAAGCAUUUGCAUAAGUUUGUCACGCGGAGGCCCGAAUAUGGUGACGAUGUAAAGCAGGCCCUUCAGCGUGGUUUCCUCGAUGUUGACGAUGCCAUGCUGAAUGAUGAAUCGUUGAAGGAGCAGAUGGCCGGCUCGACAGCAGUGGCCGUGGUAAUCAAAAAUGAUCGACUUUUCUGUGCCAAUGCGGGUGAUUCGAGAGCGAUUGCUUGUGUUGGUGGUCAAUUGGAUGUGCUUUCGUUAGAUCACAAGCCAAAUAAUGCUAGUGAACUCGAACGGAUAAAACGUGCCGGCGGUUAUGUGGAGUACAAUAGGGUUAACGGCUAUCUAGCACUUUCGAGGGCGUUGGGAGAUUUUAGUUUGAAAAAGAACGGUGAUAAACUGCCGGAGGAACAGGUUGUGACAGCGUAUCCGGACGUUGAGGAACGAGAGAUCACUGACGAAUGGGAUUUCCUGGUGAUUGCCUGCGACGGAAUAUGGGAUGUUUUGCCGAGUCAAUCUGUACUGGAAUUUGUACAGGCCGAGAUUGCCCAGGGUAUCUACCCGCAAAACAUUUGCGAGAACUUGAUGACCCGUUGCCUUGCUCCGGACUGCCAAAUGGGAGGCAUUGGAGGAGACAACAUGACAGUCAUAAUAGUUUGCUUUCUUCACGGGCGUCCCUACGAAGACCUAGUGACGCGCUGUAAAGAGCGCGUGAACGAAAUGAACCUGAAGAUGGCCCAGAUGUUCAUCGACCAUGAGUCGCAGUCCGCUAGCGAACCGGAAAAUGACACACCGCCAGAGCAGUCCCCGAAAGCAGAGACGGCAACUACGCCAGAGAAAAAAGAUCAACCCUUGGAUGAGUGGUCUGAUGAGGAAGAAACCAGCGAGGAGGUUGAUCUAAAAUAGGAUCGAGGCUAUCGCAAUUGUCUGUCUUCUGGUGGUGUUUUCUUGUUUUCACAUAGACACAUUCACAUUUUUUAAUCUGUGGUUCCUUCCAGUUGUGAAAUUCGAUCUAGGUCGUUAAUGUGAAUUAUCUUCCUAUGUUUUAAAACAUUAUAGCAGCUCUGGAUAAACUUUAACUGUCGACCGACCCCUGGUUAGGUUACAAGCAUUGUAGUUAUACGAUUGUUACACAGAUAGCAAGUGAAAAUGCCGGCUUGUUCUGUAUUCAAAGACGCCCAUGAACAUAGAGAAUACAUCUAACUAAUGAAGAUCCAUUGAAUUACAAUACAAUCAAUGAUACAUAGAUGGACAAAGAACUAAAUUUUGCAAUGAAAAAAGUAUAAUCAUGCGCGUGUAUGAGGCCAAUGAAAUUUUUAUUUAGGUACUUGUGUUAGCUCUGGUUUAGUUGGAUCGGUAUAAUGGGGAUAAUAAUAUAAACCAAAAACAAAAUGAACAACCGAUCAAAUAUCUUGAAACAUAUUUUCAAAACGAUAAAGAUAAUGUUCAAAUAAACCUUACAGUAGUCCAACCUAUACCGACAGAAGAAAUUUAAAUGUUGAUGGUAUAUUUCUGGCAGUGUAACAUUGAUUUGUCACAUUCCAAGCGCCGGAACAAACCAAUACUCAGUACCCGUGAGAUGAUAAAUAAACGGAAACCAAUUGUCUUCUUCUCUAGUCAAUAAUUUUUGUUUGUUUUGUCAAAAUUUGUCUUGUCAAACUUCAAAGUCUGAUAAAAGCAGAGUCAGUCAGUUGGUACGAAAGUAGUUUUGCACAACAUUCGUUCUACCUAGUUCGAUCUGUAUCCACGCUUUUAUGUGUACCAUAAGUUUCCGAAACGCACGCAUAUCGAACAUCUCCAUCUCUUGCAGCAGCCAAGAGGGAGAGAGAGUUUAGUUAUUUUCUUCACCACACACAGUUGACCAGUUUCAAAAGGAAAAAAAAACAAAAUGAUAAAGUUGUAAUUUGUGCUUUUAACUCAAACUUUGUUUGAGACUGCGGUAUCAGUAAACGCAAUACAAAUUUUUGAGCCAAAAGAAAUAAGAAACGAAGGACAAGAUGCAAUUAAAAAAUAUAAAGAAUACGCUUCUCUAUAAAGUAAACCUGAUUAUAGUAGGAAAACAUUUUAUUGUCCUCUGAAUAAUGUUAUACCCCAAUCGUCGCCACAGGAUGGCCACCAAAGGCAUCAUAAACGAUAAUGAAACAUAAAUACAAAAAACUAUUUAGGAAUAGGAACUUUUUUAGAAUGUUCUAUCUUCGUAACUGGUUAUUUUCGCCCCUAUAAUCUAAGCUUUAAUACGAUGACAAACAGUAAAAGAAAAACAUGUUUGAAUGGGUUGGUGUGAAUGGAUGGAAUUUUUCGGUAUAUCUAGCAAGUAAAUAAGGCCCAUAAUUGGCUACGAACUUAUCCCUAGAUUGUGAAUAAUCAUGCUCGUGAUCGAAGCUCAUAUGAAAUAUACAGUAACAUACAUGUGAGAAAAUAAGAUAAUAAUAUAGACAUUAGGCAAAACCCCCUAUCUGUUUAGUGACGGCAACCCUGUAGCUGUUGUAGUUGGCAGUAAGCGAUGUCUCCUGUUUGAGAUAUUCUUUUUUCUUUUUUUGUCUAGUGAGCUUGACACAAAGUCAGUAUCUAUAUAUGAUAGAGUUUGCAAGCAGCUAAGAUGAUUCACUGUAGUAGAAUGUCGUCACCUUUUUCCCUGCACGCACUGUCCAACAAAGAGACGUUUGGAAAUAAACUUUUUGAA